UCAAGAGCGGGACAAUUUGGACAAUUUGAAAUUCGAAUGCAUUAACAUUUUUUUUUUAAUUAAUAAUCUGUGGUGAAAAUUUGGCGCGCACGUUGACGUUUUACUUCUCGAUUGUUUUUUUUAAUCGUGGUUUUGUUUGUGGUCAGGUUUAACGUUUUGUAAUAAAAUAUUUUUUGUUUUUAUGGACACGGAGUGGAAAUAUUGCUUCAAACACGCGAAGUUUUUACUUCAGAGAUGUGACAUUUAAAAAUGGAGUUUGGAACAUGGCGGUUGAGGCGCCCUGGGAGCUUCCUGCUAAAAGAAGACACGAAAAUUUGAAACGGCAUGCGUCAAUAUAGAUAGGACUACAAUGGAGUACAAUUUUAUAUCUCCGACCAAUGCGGUGAUAGGCACGAACGAGACGACCGUCGAGUAUGAAGACGCGGAGGACCCGGACGCAGUUACACUACUCUCUAUUUUGGUUGUCGGCAUAUUCCUCUCCCUGCUCAUAUUCGUGAGCGCAGCGGGCAACAUUCUGGUCUGCAUAGCCAUUUACACGGACCGCGGCUUGAGAAGGAUUGGCAAUCUGUUCCUGGCUUCACUGGCAAUCGCUGAUAUGCUUGUGGCAGCUGCGGUUAUGACGUUUGCUGGGGUCAAUGACCUGCUUGGGUACUGGGUGUUCGGCGAACAGUUUUGCGACACGUGGGUGGCGUGUGACGUCAUGUGCUCCACGGCUUCCAUACUCAAUCUUUGUGCCAUUUCAUUGGACAGAUACAUACAUAUUAAGGAUCCGUUGAGAUACGGCCGCUGGGUGACCCGCAAGGUUGCCAUAGUAACCAUAGCGCUCAUCUGGCUUCUAGCUGUUAUGGUCAGUUUUCUGCCCAUCUCCCUGGGUCUGCACAGACCGCCAGAGGAGACAGUUACUACGGAGAGACCGCCUCGGUACCCGACCUGUGCGUUGGUUCUGACGCCGACGUAUGCGAUAGUGUCGAGCUGCAUAUCGUUUAUACUGCCGUGCAUUGUUAUGAUUAGUAUAUACUGCAGAUUAUACUGCUACGCACAAAAGCACGUGAAAUCCAUCAGAGCUGUCACCCGGACGGUUCAGCUACCAGACAACCGGACCAAGUCGGUCCGGACGCGUGUCCACACGCACGUUCACUCGUCUCCCUACCACGUGUCAGACCAUAAAGCUGCUAUCACAGUGGGCAUUAUUAUGGGAGUCUUCUUACUGUGCUGGGUGCCGUUCUUCUGCGUGAAUAUUGUGGCUGCGUUCUGCAAGACAUGCAUACCAGAUCUCGCAUUCAAGAUCCUCACAUGGCUCGGCUACUCAAACUCAGCGUUCAACCCGAUAAUAUACUCAAUAUUCAACACGGAAUUCCGGGAAGCGUUCAAAAAGAUCCUAACCUCAAAAUAUCCUCCUUGCUGUGGUUACCAAACUGUACGAGCGAAUACUCCAACUAGGAAUGACAAUUUCGUCACAGACUAUGGGACAAAGACGCUCGUGGUUAGGAGAAGUGGGUCUUUAGGAUUAUCAGGAGUGGACCCUACGCCUCGUUCGUCUGCGGAGUCGGUUAGGCCGCUACGGGACUAUCACAUUUGACAAGAAGACGGGGGUAGCAACAAUGGGCUACUCGAUAAGAGCGAUGUGGUUUAAUCGUAAGAAUUGUUGAGAGUGCGCUCAUAUUUUGUAUAGAUUUCAGUUAUUAGUAUUGUCACAGUUUACUAAAUAGUUGGUACGUAUGAUAUUGGCGUCUCUACUUACUAAACUCACUCUGCAUAUAAUAAUGUUCCGUUAAUGAUCUGUGUAAGGCAUCAUACAGUGUAUUUGGUCUGAAAAAUUUUAGCUUUUAGAGGAUACUAAAAAGUUUAUACAUUUGCGGUUUUAAGCAUACUAUAAUAUGAAUACUCUAUGUACAUUAAAUUGUGUCGUCACCGCUAAAACUGUAAACGGCUAUUAACUUUACAACCGUGAAUUUCUUAAGAAAUGUCAUG